AUGGAUUUCGACGAAUCUUUCCAUUCAGCUCCUGUGCGUUAUGCUCUUGAUGAAGUAGACAGCGAUGAGGAACUUGAAGAUAAGAUUGAGCCCAACACUAUUCAAGUCAUGGUGUCCUUACCCGACACCAGUUUAACUUUAAUAUUUGGCCUUUCAGGUCCUGGAAGUAUCUAUAUCGACUCACUGAAGGGCUUGACAUCGAUUGGAACUGUCGAGAAUAAACAAGAGACAGUAGCAUCCAUUCUUCAGAUACCAAAUCAACCUAUCGUGUUUGUGUCUUUUACUAAACAGAUCGAAGCAAAUGAAUCCGUUCACCAGGGGCUUUCCAAGGUGAUCAUACUCGACUCUUUCACAACAGAAAGCGAUCUUAUACCACCAACCCUUCGUGUUUUACAAAGUUCAGCUUCACCUCUUGUUCAAACACUCACUUUGUAUGAAAUCCCACAUAUGGUGACAGGACUAUCUGCAGCCAUCAUCAAUUAUUGUGAAAUCCAUUCUAUUCCAUGCUACAACCUAUUGACACUUCAAGAGUACGUGUAUGGCAAACUAUUGGUGACUGACACAACUCUAGAAGCAUAUAAUCAUGGUCUACAUCAGUUAGGACAUGAUCACCUCAACUUUGAUAGUGAAUUAUUGCAAAAGGCACUAGAGUCUCGUCACAGUGGUCGCAUUGACGAUAGCCAUCAUCGUCUGUAUGUAUAA